AUGGGAUCUUUCAUCCGCAUGCCCUGGAAAGUGCUAAACGAUGAGGGUGCGAUCCGGCCCAAUGGCUUCGCAGUCUGUUUUAACAGUCUCAAAGCAAAACGACGACCGGUUCUGGGCGCUCCCACUCCACUCGUCGCUCCGGAUGCUGCAGGUAUCUUGGAUAAACUGAUUGACCGAAUACGCGUUGGCGCCAUGGAGCUCCACCCUGUCAAAUCCAACCGAUACAGCAUUCUUAGCUGCUUGCGCAAAGGAAGCCAUGCAUUAUUUGAUUUCCCCGGCCAUCAUGGGUCUAAACGUCGGGUGCUCAUCACUGAUAGGAAUAUCGCUGCUGCUCACUAUCUCCAAGCCGGCCUUGUCCAAAGCCUGCUGUCGGGUUACUCGACCGAUAUGCCAGAGUUGUAUGAAGAUGUAAGACCCAAGCUCUAUAGCAAUGAUUGCCAGAAAUCGGACCCAUAG